GAGCCAGAACGUUCUCUAGUAUUCUUGUGAUGGCGGUUCUCCUAUCAUGUGUGCGAGCAUUUCCAAUAUCACUUUACUGUUCAGGUGAAACGCAUUUAGCUCCCGAUUGGAUGAAACCGCAACAGCUGAUCCAAGCCAAGUGCACUACUAAAUAAAACGUACUAUAUUAUACUUAUAUCGCGAAUAUCUUAUAUAGAGAAUUAUCUGAAAAGCGAGCCGUUCCCGCCACUCGUUCUUCACUUUCGUUCACAGCUCUGAUGAUGUCAAAGUCAAUUCGUUACGUUAAGGGAUAAGACCCGAAAUGCUUUUUCUUUGCCGUUAAAAUUCACUGAACUGUUCGUAAUGAUCUGGAGAUGAUUCUGAAUGUGAUAAUCAGUUCAUUGAUGAAUUAUUCAUUCCAAUAUGAAUUUGCCUAUGGCUAUCCCACAUUGGACACACCGGUUCCCGUCAGAUCACCACCGUUCCAAACUGUGGGUCCUGGUUAGCUCUAAGAUGAAUGUCUUAGAUCUGCCAGGGUGCCUUUGGCACAUCAAAAGUUGGGAUUGGAAACUUUUCUUCUCUGGGAAACAUUUAAAAUCUAACAUUCCCUAAUCAUUUCUGCAAAUGGAAAGUGCACAGUAUAGUAGAGAGUCUGGAAGCAAAAUAAACACUACUCAUAGUUCAACUACUAUUUGCAAUGAAUCCAUUCGGAAUGAGAUAUUAUCAGUCAGGAGUGAAUCUCCUGAUAGUCAGAAAAUGUACAAAUGUAGCAUAUGUGAAUCUACGUUCUUUAGACGUUCUCAUCUUCGGGAUCACUUGAAUCAUCACACCAAAGAUCGUCAAUAUCAAUGCAAGGAAAUAAAUUGUUGUAAAGCAUACUUUUCGUGGAAACAUUUGCGAAGACAUUUAAUUUCUCAACACAAAUUAAUUAAUGUAAAGAAAUCAUUGUAUAUGAAAACCGAAUCAAAGAAACACAAGUGCUUACAUGAAGGUUGUAAUGCAACAUUUGACCGUCACUGGAAACUAACAUCACAUAUGUGGAAACAUACUGGUGAGAAACAUCAUUCUUGCACCGAAAAUGGUUGCAGUAAAGUAUACACCUCUGUUGGACGUCUGAGGCGACACAUUGCCAUAUCCCACAAACCCAGCAGCGGAACAGUAAUGUAUUUGGAAUGUGAAGAAUGCAAUUCCAAAUUCAUAAGUGUUAUUGCAUUGAAGAACCACAUGAAGAAGACACAUUCUUUCCAAAUGUGUUCAGAACCAGACUGUCGUAAAGUUUUCUCAAAUUUUUCUCUACUGAAAGAGCAUAAAAAAGCAGAUCAUUCAAAAGUUUUCGCAUGUCCAACCUGCAAUAAAAAAUUGAGAUCUGAAACCCUUUUGAAGAAGCAUCAGCAAACGCAUGUUUUGCCUGAAGAGCGAAAGUUGUUUACAUGUCCAUACAAAGAAUGUGGAAGGUUCUACACAAGGAGAUUUAAUCUUGAUCAACAUAUCAGGAGCUCGCAUGAAGGUAUAAAAUUUCACUGUGCUGUUCCGGGAUGUGAGAAGAGUCUAGUUACUAAGCAAAAAUUACAAGAACAUAUGAAAUUACAUGAUCCUCUUAGAGAACCUCAGCAAAGGAAGCAAAUGGCCAGAAGACAGCGCAAAGAUGCUGGAAAACCAAAGCGUUCUAUGGCAGCAAAAUUAUCAGGGAUUCAACUUUCCUUUCGAGAAGAACAAAAUGUUCUUCAUUCUUCAAAUAAUUUGUCAGUUACUGGGCAAUGCACCUCAAAAUCCAAUGAUUCAUCCAAAUCCAGCGAUGCGGAAAGUGAAAUGUCAGUUUUAAGUGACGAACACAGAGAAGAAUCAGAUGAAUGUGAGGAAUCAUGUGUAAUGAUUGCCAAUGAGCCAGAUAUAUCUGUGAUAUUACAGUGGGUGGCUGGAAGUUUUCAACUACAUAAACCUGAAGUGGGUAGUAAUAAUUCAGACCUGGAAGAAGAUUGUCAUGAAAUUGAGAAUGAAGAGUUGAACUCUUAGUCAUUUUUACUCGAAGUAAAUGUGUACUUCUAUUCAAAUAUCUGUAGUGAUAAUUACUGUACCAUGAUUAAUGGUACUAGCUAUUAUAAAUGAAAUUGCAUUUGCAUAGCUUUAAUAAAAAAAUAUAUAUACUGUUAUUUUUGUAUAUUGUAAAUUGUUUGGUUCUUUCAUAAAUUAUUAUAAUCGAACA